GUAAAACGCGUAUGGAUGUAUUUUCACAUUAUCUUUUGGAGGUAAACAAUUUCUAUGUCGUAUUUAGUGUAAUCCUAUCUUUUAAACAUUUUAAAAGUCGACUUUCCCUGGACAAAGUAUAAAACUAUUAUAAGUAAGUAAUCCAAAUAUAGACUGCAUAAAAUUCAUUUGUUAAUUAUAUUUUGUUUACAUCUUCAUUGGUGUGUCAUAUUUUGAUUGAUGUUUUUUGCUGUUAUGAAUUAAGAUACACAACUGGAGUAGAUCAGUGGUAAUUUAUUCUGUUUUGGAAUUAAGUUGUACUGGGAAGUCGCAUUAAAGUUCCUGUAGCAGUUUGAAUACUAUGUAGCAGCUAUGUUGCCUAGAAAGAGCAUAAUCCCCGAGGAGUUUGCGCUGCCGGGGCUCGUCUCCCGUAUACCCCGAAAACCCGUCUUUAGAGACCGUAUAAACAAGGCUCGCUUCAUAGCCAAAAGCGGCUCCUGCAACUUAGCGCACAAGAACAUCCGCGAACAAGGCAGGUUCCUGCAGGACGUCUUCACCACCCUGGUCGAUCUGAAAUGGCGCUUCACCUUGGUCAUGUUCACCAUGAGCUUCCUGUGCAGCUGGCUGCUGUUUGCCAUGGGCUGGUGGCUGGUAGCUUUCGCACAUGGAGAUCUGGACACCAACAGAAAAGCUGGCAUAGAGCAAUGCGUCACCAACGUGAAGUCCUUCACCUCAGCCUUCCUGUUCUCCAUUGAGGUCCAGGUGACCAUUGGGUUCGGGGGCCGCAUGAUCACAGAGCAGUGCCCUACCGCCAUCCUGGUGCUGAUCCUGCAGAACAUCGCCGGGCUCAUCAUCAACGCCAUCAUGCUGGGCUGCAUCUUCAUGAAGACGGCGCAGUCGCACCGGCGCGCCGAGACGCUCAUCUUCAGCCGCAACGCCGUCAUCGCUGUGCGCAACCACCGCCUCUGUUUCAUGAUCCGUGUGGGCGACUUGCGCAAGAGCAUGAUCAUCGGGGCCACCGUACGCCUUCAGGUGGUUCGCAAGACCACCACCCCGGAGGGUGAGGUCAUCCCGAUCCACCAGAUCGACAUCCAGACCGAGAGCGCCGCCUCCAGUAAUAACAUGUUUCUGCUGGCGCCCCUCAUCAUUUGCCACGUGAUCGACAAGGACAGCCCCCUGUAUGACCUGUCAGCCAUGGAGCUGCAGUGUAGCGACCUGGAGGUCAUCGUCAUCCUGGAGGGGGUGGUGGAGACCACAGGCAUCACCACGCAGGCCCGCACCUCCUACGUGGCGGAGGAGAUUCAAUGGGGUCACCGAUUCGUGCCCAUCGUCACAGAAGAGGAGGGAGUGUACUCUGUAGACUACUCCAAAUUCGGCAACACGGUAAAGGUACCAACCCCAAAGUGCAGCGCCCGCGAGCUGGACGAGAAGCCCUUCAUCCUCAUCCAGACCAUGCAGAAGAGCGAGCUCUCGCACCAGAACUCACUGCGCAAACGCAACUCUAUGCGCAAGAACAACUCCAUGCGCCGCAACAAUUCCGGCCUCAUGAUGCCUAAGGUGCAGUUCGUGACGCCGGAGUGCAACCAGAACAUAACCGCCACAUGACUGGUGGCUUCGGCCCCGCUGGCCGCCCUCCUCUGCCUCGGUACAUUCAGCACCUCUCACCUGCCUUUUGUUCAGCUAGAUGUAACUUUUCUGCUCUGGCCUGUGUUAUCACACCUUUUGAGGAAUCAUUUUAGCCUCUGAUUGACCCUUUAUUUUGGCUCAAUCUUCGUGAACAUUGCACUCUAAAAGUUUCACUGUCUUAAUAUUUGGCUUUUCAGAGACAAAGAUUGAUUCAUUUUUUUCUCUGUAUUAAAUCACGUCGGUGUUAUUUAGUGACAGGAAUAUUGCUCUCCACCAAGUAACACAGCACACUACACAAAACUCUGUAAUCUGUAAUUUUCUGUACUGACAACUACAUAGUAUUUUGUGUAUUGACUAAAUCGUAAUUCAUUUCAGUUAAACUUUAAUUUGUUAUUAAGGAGAUUAGUUUUAUCUCUGUCGGAAGUAAUUUAUUUAAGGCAUUGGUUUUUGAACAUUUUAAUUUGUUUAAAAAAUGCCGACAUUCAAGAAAACUAUAAAUAUAUUUUACAAAAGCUCUUAAUGUUCUUAGAUAUUGAAAUUCUUUAGUCUUUUGUAAAACCAUCAGGCCAAUGUAUGACAGCCGACUGGUUGCUUCCUUUGAUAUUUGCAUAUUUCCCAGCAUGCUUUUCAUUUUUCAUGUUAGUUUUUUUCUUUCGAAAUUCACUAUCCCGGACAUAACGCAUGUGUACUGGUUUGCAGUAACGUGCAAGGUUUUAUUUUUAUAUUAGACACUUCAUUAAACAUUUACUGUUCCACAGGUAUAGGCAUCUAAUAAUACUUUUACUGGGGUCACAUUUUACAUACAGGACACAAACAUGGAGUAAGGGGGACAUGCUUAGGACACGUGUGCAUUAUGGAGGCAUGGCACCAAGAUGCCGUAAGAUAAUACAUGUAGGGUGACCAUACGCACGCCUUUUCUCUUCCUUUUUGGGUGCUAAAAUUACCGGAAAUGUCCGCGAUUUCGCUUUAUUUCACGUUGACAUUUUCUUUCUACAGUCAGAAACCUUUUAAGUCCCGUCUGCAGUGAGAUUGCCAUUUAAGGUUACAAGAAAAUGAUACCGUACUAAGUUAUAAGGACAUAAACAGGGAUGACACUGGCACAAAUUCCCAACAUACAUGCUUUGUAGUACCUUACAAUUGGCAUCCAACAGCACUUUUAAAAGUAACCACGUUUUUAUUCAUCACAAAUGGGGUUGCAAUACAUCGGGCACCUUUUUGCUGUGUCUGACGUUUCACUAACUUUACCCAUUUUACUUUUUGCAAAACAUGUUAUAUUAGUUAUAUUAAGAUUUCUUUUUAAAUGCACGAAUGUUGUAAAUAAUCCUCAUGGCAUGUUUUAUGAAUAAAAUUGGAAACAUUUG